AUGGUUCGAAUCAAGCAACCUCCUCAACCUGCUGUUCCUUCUCUAGAUGGGGUCAUCAUCUGCUUUGCUUCUUACUCCCGCAGCGGACAUCCUGAACUCUCACACAAAAUGGUGACGGAACUGAAGACUGACAUCGCCAACUGCGGGGGGUCGUACACUACAAAGCCAGAUCAGUGUACCCAUCUCAUCGCGACCCACGCUCAGUGGGAAAAGAAACUGGACCGCAUCACUCAAGCCCAACAGAAUCCUAAUACGAUCUCUGUCUCUUACGACUGGCUCUCUGCGUCUCUGGCGUCAAAUGAGCCCGUUGACGUCGAAGAAUAUCUCCUUGAGAGCUCGCCUACCAACGAUGACGACACGGUGAACGGUAACAGUCCUCAACCUGCCCAGACGGUGGCGACUAGGUCAUCAAAGCGCUCACGGAAAAAUGAGGACGAUGGGGCAAAUCAUAUACCGACCAAAAAAACAAAGUCCUCAAAGGCAUCCGAUCCACUUGCCUCAAGCAUUGCUCCCAAGGCUAGCAGAGUUCCACUAGAUUACGAUGUCCCGGUCGAGGGAUCCUACGUUGUUCAUGUGGACGAAGGCGGCGUGAUAUAUGACGCCACGCUCAAUAAAUCCGAUGCCAAAGUGAACAACAACAAGUUCUACAGAUUACAGCUUUUGAGAGGCACCCAUGGAUUUUAUACGUGGACACGCUGGGGUCGUGUGGGUGAGAGAGGCCAGAGCAAAUUGCUAGGUGACGGUUCCUUUGACGAGGCUCUUUCGUAUUUUGGGAUUAAAUUCAAAGAGAAGGCUGGUCUCACUUGGGAAAAUAGGGAUGCGCCACCGAGGAAGGGCAAGUACGCCUAUCUCGAAAUCAACUACACAGACUCGGACGACGACGGCCAAAAGGAGUCGGUUCAAGUGAACCGGAAAAGCGGCGCUGCCGUGAGAGAAAAGGUGUUUGCUGAAAGCAAACUACCGCCACAGGUCCAACGCCUGAUGGAACUUAUCUUCAACAUGCAAUUUUUCAAUAACACCAUGGCAGAUUUCGAUUAUGAUGCCAAUAAAAUGCCGCUCGGGAAGUUGAGCAAGAAGACUCUACUCAAGGGGUAUGAAGUCCUCAAAGAGCUGGCUUUGCUCGUUGCCGACCCUUCUGUUGCCGCCGGUAUGGGAGAACUGCCAGGUCAGGCUGUCAUGGACAGAAGCAAUCAGUACUUCUCACUUGUUCCACACGUUGUUGGCCGUCGAGCUCUGCCUGUCCUCAAGGAUAUGAAUUCCAUUAAGAGAGAAAUUCAGCUCCUAGAGACGCUGACAGAUAUGCAACUGGCCAACGAGAUUAUGACAUCCGCCGCGGUGGCGGAACACAAGUCGCUCCACAUGCUGGAUAGACAAUACAAGGGACUCGGCAUGAGAGAGAUGGUGCCUCUGGAUCAAGGCAGUCAAGAAUUCGCCGAGAUCUUCUGUUACCUGACCAAGUCAACGGGCAGCACCCAUGGUGUUACAUACGCAGUGCAGGAUAUCUUCCGUAUUGAGCGAAAUGGUGAAUCGAACCGACCCGACAACUCUGCCUAUGCCAAUAUCGGAACAAAGAGUGACCGUCGGUUACUUUGGCAUGGAUCCCGUGUCAGUAACUUCGGUGGUAUUCUUAGCAAAGGUUUGCGGAUUGCACCACCAGAAGCCCCCGUGUCUGGGUACAUGUUUGGCAAAGGUGUCUAUCUUGCAGAUAUGAGCUCAAAGAGUGCUGGCUACUGUGCAACGUAUAACAGUGCUGGGACUGGAUUACUCCUUCUUUGUGAAGCUGAACUGGGCACACCGUGUCUCAAACUCACGGAGGGUGAUUCCGAUGCAGGGCAUCUCGCUAAGCAGGCUGGCUGCAUUUCCACCUGGGGCGUGGGCCAGACUGGUCCUCCAGUCUGGAAAGAUGCCAGCUGCAUUCAUCCGAGCUUGAUAGGGGUCAAAAUGCCUGAUGUCAACAAUCAUCCGCCAGCACCAACGUAUGAGCAAAACGCAUAUCUUCUGUACAACGAAUACAUCGUUUACGAUGUGGCUCAGAUCAGACUCCGAUACCUUUUGCGAGUCAAGAUCAACUGA